UACCGGACGUGACGUCAUGUCACCGAUACGGAGGAUUGUGUACGCUAUGGGGUAGGCCUUGCGCUGAAUGUCCACGGAGGAGACCAUCGGAGGGGAUGGAUUCCCUGCUGGCCUCGGCCAGUCGCUCCGAGGAUGAGGAUUCCUCUACCGGACACAAGAGGAGUCUCUCCCAGGGCUCUGGCCUCAUUCCCAAGAGGAGGAGCUCGUCCAGGUUUAUUAAAAGGAAGAAAUUUGAUGAUGAAUUGGUGGAGAGCAGUCUUGCCAAGUCCACAAGCCGCGCACGUGGGCCGAGCGGCGGAGAUCCAGGACGCCUGUCAGGAAGUGAGCCUUCGUCCAGUGAGAAGAAGAAGCAAAUCUGCAAGACAGUCCCUACACCGGCUCCACCAUCUCCGGCACCGAGCCCUUGCAUCACGAAACGUAUAAAGAAAAGUAAACAGCCGCUGCAGGUCACUAAGGAUUUGGGGAGGUGGAAACCUGCUGACGAUCUGCUUCUUAUAAACACAGUGCUACAGACUAAUGAUCUGCAGGCUGUGCACCUUGGAGUCAAGUUCAGCUGUCGAUUCACCCUUAAUGAAAUACAAGAGCGGUGGUAUGCUCUUCUCUACGACCCUGUUAUCUCCAAGCUUGCAUGCCAGGCAAUCAGACAGUUACAUCCAGAGGCAAUAGCUGCCAUCCAGAGCAAGGUGUUGUUUAGUAAGGCUGAGGAACAGCUGCUAAGUACAGUGAGCUCUAGCUCACAGCCCACUCUGGAGACUUUUCAAGACUUACUGAACAACCAUCCUGAGGUUUUCUAUGUAUCGCGCACGGCCAAGUCUCUCCAGAUCCACUGGCUGCUUAUGAAGCAGUACUAUCUCCUGGAGGACCAGACAGUUCAGCCAUUACCCAAGGGGGAUCAAGUCCUAAACUUUUCUGAUGCAGAAGAUAUGCUAGAUGACAGCAAGCUUAGGGAUACUCGGGAUGAGGUUCUAGAACAUGAGCUGACUGUUGCUGACCGUCGCCAGAAACGGGAGAUCCGACAGCUGGAACAGGAGCUGCAUCGGUGGCAAGUGUUAGUGGACAGUAUAACGGGAAUGAGCUCACCUGACUUUGAUACACAGACAUUGGCUGUGUUGCGAGGACGCAUGGUGCGAUAUCUCAUGAGGUCACGAGAGAUAACUCUUGGUAGAGCCACCAAAGACAACCAGAUUGACGUGGACCUGUCACUAGAGGGCCCAGCUUGGAAGAUUUCUCGUAAACAAGGUGUCAUUAAGCUGAAGAACAAUGGAGACUUUUUCAUAGCAAAUGAAGGCAGACGAGCUCUCUAUAUCGAUGGUCGCCCUGUACUGCCAGGGAAUAAGUGGAAGCUGAGCCACAACUCUGUGGUGGAAAUAUCUGGUCUCCGCUUUGUGUUCCUUAUCAAUCAAGAUCUCAUAGCUCUCAUUAAAGCAGAAGCAGCUAAGAUGGCUCAGUCUUGAAAAAAAAUUGGUUUCUUGAACUCCGGAAGAUCAACCGGACCAAUAGUCUGACAUCACAGCAGAUGAUAGGAUAGCUCACCUGUCAUACACUCUGCUGUGUGUUAUAUCCUCAGAAUCCUCUACAAGCCGACCCCUCACCAGCGUCUGGGAUAGCUGAGCAGGUGACUGGAGACCAGGCUUUAAAGACACAAAUCCAAUAAACCAUGUCCUUUCUGCAGGUGAAGAACAUUGUUGGUUGUACACCAUAGGGUAUUUCCUGUUAAUAUUAUUUUGAUUGUUUUUGUUAUCAAUGUAUUUCUUAUCUGAACUGUACUCCUAUUAAAAGAGAUGUUCUUUGUAAGGAAA